AUGUAGAGGAAAAUGAGUUUAAGAUAAAAUGAUUUUGUUAAAGGUGGAGGAGUGUAGAUAAAUAUUUUUCAUAUAUUUCAACGGAUGUAAAUAAUUAAACAAUAAGACCGUAUAAGCCUAUCAUUCAUCGAUUUCGAAAUACAAUACUAUAUUUAGAGAUAAAUUGUACUAAAUUCAUAGGAUCAAAACUAUCUUAGAGGAAAAGAGAUUUAAUUAUUAGAAGCUAUGUAUUCUCUUAUUUAUUAUAGAGUGGCAGAAGCGAAGGAGUGUUAUUAAUUUAAAGAUGGACUUCCUUAGGAGUCCCUUUUAUCUCCAGGGUUAUUUUAUAUAUAUUUGGAAGCGUCUUUGGAUGAAAUUGAGAGAAAGGCAUAUAUUCUAUAUGAGGAAUUUGAAUAUGCAGAUGAUUUAGCAAUUAUAAUUAAAAAUAAAUUCUUAAAAUCCUUUAUUAGAUGUUUAAGUGAAGAAUGUAUGAAGUGGAACCUUAAAAUUUAUUAAAACUAAAUGUGGAAUUAUUAAGUUGAAGUAAGAAAUAACAAAAUAAAAAAAAUUGAAGGGAUUCCAAUUGUAGAAAGCUAUACAUACUUAGGAAUUGUGAUUAAUAGGUUAGGAAAUUUGAAGGAUCAUAUUACAAAAACUAAGUAAAGAAUAUAAUACAUAGUCAAGGAAUUAAGUUGGAUCUCUUAAUAUAUGAAUUAUAAAGAGAGAAUAAAUUUAUGGAUUGCCUUUAACAGACCUCAUUUUCAAUAUUUAGCUGUUGCAGCGCAUUUGAAUAAAAUAAGUCAUAUUAACAAAAAAUAGAUAGGUUAUAUAAAGGAUCUUUAAAAACUUUAAUAAGGGGUCCCUAGAUUAAAUAGGAAGUUAAAUUGUUAAUUCUCUAGAUAACCUUAAUAAAUAGUGUAUGUAUUAUAUUAAGAAAAUGAUUAUUGAAGGAUAGAUAUUUUAAUUUGAAAUUGAUGUAAUA